AAAAAAAUCAAAUCAAAUCCCCUGUAAAGUGUCCAACGAUUCAGGCACAGCGUACAACACCCCACUGCGGGGCAGCCGAGCUCGUCAGAGCCACACCACUCUUCAGAGCUCAAACUUUCUUUCUGACACUCGUUUUCUGCUCAUAUUUCUUCUUCUAGACCGCUGUCGUAAAUUUCCAACUUUCCACGGACCGGAAUUAGGGUUUAAGACCUUGCACACGUAGUUUUAGCUUGGUUUUCUGAUCGAAAAUGUCGAACUUUUCGCGUAAAUUGAGGUUAUCAUCAACGCUGUUGAAGCGUUUGCAACAAAAUGUUAUCGCGGUAAAUUCGAAGAACGUGUGUAGAUCUUUUACCACGACGGAAGGGCAUCGUCCGACCCUUGUUCAUAAACGCAGUCUCGACAUUCUUCACGAUCCAUGGUUCAACAAGGGAACAGCAUUCUCAAUGACAGAACGUGAUCGCCUUAACCUUCGUGGGCUUUUGCCUCCAACUGUUAUGUCUUCUGAACAGCAAAUUCAGCGCUUCAUGGCUGACCUCAAAAGACUUCAAGUCAAUGCUAGAGAUGGACCAUUUGAUCCAAAUGCUUUGGCCAAGUGGCGCAUUCUCAACCGCUUGCAUGACAGAAAUGAGACUAUGUAUUACAAGGUUUUAAUUGACAACAUUGAGGAAUAUGCACCUGUAGUUUACACCCCUACUGUAGGUCUGGUGUGCCAGAAGUAUAGUGGAUUAUUUAGACGACCAAGAGGAAUGUACUUCAGUUCAGAAGAUCGUGGAGAAAUGAUGUCAAUGGUAUAUAAUUGGCCUUCUGACCAGGUUGAUAUGAUUGUUGUCACUGAUGGAAGCAGGAUUUUAGGUCUUGGAGAUCUUGGAGUUCAGGGAAUUGCAAUUGCAAUAGGGAAGCUGGAUCUUUAUGUUGCUGCUGCUGGAAUAAACCCUCAGAGAGUGCUUCCAGUUAUGAUUGAUGUAGGAACUAACAAUGAGAAGCUUCUUCAUGAUCCUUUGUACUUGGGAAUACAGCAGCAUCGCCUUGAAGGAGAUGAAUACCUUGCAGUCAUAGAUGAAUUCAUGAAUGCUGUCUUCACUCGUUGGCCCCACGUCAUUGUGCAGUUUGAAGAUUUUCAAAGCAAGUGGGCCUUUAAGCUGUUGCAGCGUUACAGGAACGAUUACAGAAUGUUCAAUGAUGAUGUUCAGGGUACAGCUGGAGUUGCAAUUGCUGGUCUUUUAGGGGCUGUAAGAGCACAAGGGAGGCCAAUGAUUGAUUUUCCUAAGAUGAAGAUUGUAGUUGCUGGUGCUGGAAGUGCAGGAAUAGGAGUUCUUAAUGCUGCUAGGAAGACCAUGGCAAGAAUGUUAGGAAACACUGAAGUUGCUUUUGAAAGUGCUAGGAGUCAAUUUUGGGUGGUUGACGCCAAUGGACUGUUAACUGAGGCACGUGACAGUAUUGAUCCAGAGGCUCGCCGAUUUGCAUGGAAGGUAAAAGAAGCUGACCGUCAAGGGCUUAAGGAAGGAGCAAGUCUUGCAGAAGUGGUCCGUCAAGUUAAGCCAGAUGUACUUCUUGGUUUAUCUGCUGUUGGGGGCCUGUUCUCUAAAGAGGUGUUGGAAGCCCUCAAAGAUUCAACUUCUACGAGGCCGGCUAUUUUCCCAAUGUCAAAUCCAACUACCAACGCUGAAUGCACUCCUGAGGAAGCAUAUUCUAUCGUCGGUGACAACAUUAUAUUUGCAAGUGGCAGUCCGUUUAAAAAUGUUGAACUGGGAGGCGGUCGUAUUGGGCACUGCAAUCAAGGAAACAACAUGUACCUUUUUCCUGGGAUAGGACUGGGUACUCUUCUAUCCGGGUCUAGAAUCAUAUCAGAUGGCAUGCUACAAGCAGCUGCUGAAUGUCUAGCAGCAUAUAUGACAGAGGAGGAGGUGCUCAACGGGAUCAUAUACCCUCCAAUAUCCAAGAUACGAGAUAUAACCAAGGAGGUAGCUGCAGCUGUCAUUAAGGAAGCUGUAGCAGAGGAUCUGGCAGAAGGAUAUCGUGAAAUGGACAGCCAUGAACUAAGGAAACUUAAUCAGGAAGAAAUUGCAAAUUAUGUUGAAACCAAUAUGUGGAGUCCAGAUUACCCAACGCUUAUAUACAAAGAGGAUUGAACGCACCCAACCUUUCUAGGAACAAUUUGGCGAGCGUGAAUGAAGUAUUCUAAUUUUUACUUGGACACAACCACAAUUGGUACUUAGCCUGCAAUGUCUGUUUCCGGAGAUUGUAAUAUAUAUUUUGUUUAGGUUCUGAGCUGCAUGUAUCUAUCAAUUUCCGUGGAAAUUUUUUCACCCUUCCCAAAACCCAAAAAAACCCAAUAGAUCCUGUAAACAGUAGAAUUUGGGAGCCAAGUUUUGCCAUAACUCUUCCCCUGUUCUGAGUCUAUAGCGAGGAUGAGGAUGGUGAUGCAAGAAGGCCUUUUGGUUCGGAUUUUUUGCUCUAUUCUUGUAAGUGAAUCGAUGAUGACAUGAAGGCCAUUUUUAUUCUCGAAUUGAUAUAAACGAUGACGAAUUGUAUAAA